GCAACAUCUCCUGAACCCUCACACUGCUCUGGCCGUGGAGACGUGUGGAUGUGAUCAUACAGCAGCUUUCCUACAGCAGACACUACGCUGCUUAUAUACUAACUUGAGGGAGGAGAAAGACAGCCAGUGUGAUCUGUGAGACACUUUUUUCGGGGGGGUUUCAUUUUUUGGAGGUCCUUGUUUCGUUUUUUUUUCUCUUUGAGUUUUUGGGUUUAAUUAAAGAAGGACUGAAGAUGGGUUCUCAGUUAUCUAAGGGCGAGGCUGAGACUGCAGCGGCUAAAGCCAACGGCCAGGAAAACGGCCAUGUCAAAACGAACGGAGACGUGUCGGCCAAACCCGAGGGGGAGGUCGCUGUAGCAGCCGACGGCAACGGAACAGCCGAGGCACCUAAAGAGACAACAGAGGCUGGAGAUGCCAUCGAGGCAGCGCCUGCCACAGAGGGUGAGGCCCCCAAGGCAGAUGGGGAGGCAUCCAAGGAGGCGGCCACCAAGAAGAAGAAGAAGUUCUCACUGAAAAACUCCUUCAAGUUCAAAGGCAUCUCGCUGAAGAAGAGCAAGAAGGGCAGUGAGGACGCAGCGGAAGGGGCAGCAUCGCCCGCCGUGGAGGAGAACGGCCAGGCCGCCACGGAGACCAAAGAGGAGGAGCCAGCCGCCGAGGCAGCCACAGAGACCAAGGAGGCACCAGCAGAGGAGGCAACAGCAGCAGCUGAAGCUCCAGAGGCAGAGGCAGAGGCGGAGCCUAAACCAGAGGAGCCCGCCCCAGCAGCAGAAGCUGCACCCACAGAAGAGAGCGCCAAGUCCGAGGAGACCCCCGCCGAGCCCGCGCCCGCCACGGCCGAGGAGCCGGCUGCGGAGUGACCUCUCUACCCCCCACCAUGACCGGACUGUUUUCCUUUUCUUUCAGAUUUUUUUCUUCCCUUUUUCUUUUUUUUUUUUCUUUUUUUAAGAUUGAAAUAUAUAAAAAUAUAUAUAUGAGACUUGUGCCACGUUAUUUGAAGUUACAACCGUUACUACAGAGAAGAUGAGCCAACCGUAAAGAAAGCUCCACGUUCGCCGUACAGCCGCUAAGUUCACUGCCUGUUUCCUCAUUCCUCCUGUCUUUGGCGGAGCCUCCCUCCCCAGAGCUCCGCCUCCAGGCGUCGGGUGGGUUCCAGGCCCCUUUCUGUUAAUGUACACAUCAGGACUGCAGUGGGAGGAAAAAGAAAAAAGAUGCGGCGGAUGUUGUCGGAAUGGAAUCGGGAACAAGUUUCCCGGAGUCUCACUUUCCUUAAACGUUCUUGUAGGCCUAUUUUCCCCCCCAUCUCGCGUCUUUGGAUACUGGUGGCAGACGAGCAAGUUGACGAAUCGUCAUUGUGAAUACAUGGCGGUUAAUGAACAAUGUGAAGCCUCUUAAACUAGCUUUUCUCUCUUUGUUUUUAAAAGCUCUACAUUCCUCCGUUUUUACCCCUGAAAAAAAAAACAAAAAACAACAAAAGCAAGUACUUAGUGCUGUGAUGAUGAGCAAGUCAGAGACUUUGGAGAGUGGAUGGAUUUUAGAUUUAGUCUGGUUUUUAACGGCUUUUUUGUUUCCUUUCUCCAGUCGAAAGCACGUCAGCGCUCUCCUGUGUCCACAUCCUCCGAGUACGUACGACGUAGGGGUGUACAAAAGAAAAAAAAAAACACUGCUUUUAUCAGCUUCUUUUUGUUUGUUCGUCUCUGUAUAUAAUUUUCGUCUUUAUUUUGCUAACAUUUUCAAAUGUUAAUGGUUUUAUUGUAAGAUCAAGGGCAAAUAAAUGUUGGAUCCUCAUUCA